AGUGGCUCUUCAGCCAAUCUGCGAGCAGAGAGCGUGUCGGCGCGCACGGACGCGAGAACUCACUCCCAACCAGCGGAGGACUGACAAGCAGAGUCAGUCUUCUUUUUUGUCCGAGCCUUGCAUCUGAUGCUCAGAUGCACAUCAAACACACGCGCUGAUCUUUACAGAUGAGCCCAGGAAUCAAGUUUACAAGGACAGAUGAUGAUUCCUUAUUCCCUCUGAUCACUUCCUUUUGAUUUACAUUCCCUUUGACUUGCCAACAGGACUAUAAUUAAAUUUAGGAAUAUACUUUUGGGACUCUUGGAUUUUAAAAAUCAUCCCUGCUUUUUGGCGUCACUUGUCUUUAGCGCUUGAAAAUUGCGCGUAACGAUGGCGCAAAGGUACGAUGAGUUGGCUCAUUACGGAGGCGGGAUGGAUGGAGUUGGAGUCCCGACAUCCAUGUACGGAGACCCCCACGCCCCGCGGCCCUUACCCCAGGUCCACCACCUGAACCACGGGCCGCCCCCACAUCCCACGCAGCACUACGGGGCGCACGCACCGCACAGCAUCAUGCCGGGCAGCAUGGGCAGUGCGGUCAACGACGCCCUGAAAAGAGACAAGGACCAGAUUUACGGCCAUCCUUUAUUCCCGCUUCUUGCCCUGGUUUUCGAAAAGUGCGAGCUGGCGACGUGUACGCCCAGAGAACCCGGAGUGGCUGGCGGCGACGUGUGCUCCUCGGAUUCUUUCAACGAAGACAUAGCGGUUUUUGCCAAACAGAUCCGCGCAGAGAAACCUUUAUUUUCUUCGAACCCGGAGCUGGAUAACUUGAUGAUUCAAGCCAUCCAAGUGCUGCGUUUUCAUCUGCUGGAAUUGGAAAAGGUGCACGAGCUUUGCGAUAACUUCUGCCAUCGGUACAUCAGCUGCCUGAAAGGCAAAAUGCCCAUCGACUUGGUCAUUGAGGAGCGGGACGUCUGCAAGUCGGAUUUUGAUGAUCUGUCGGGAUCUUCCACCAACCUCGCAGAUCAUAACCCGGCAUCCUGGAGAGACUUGGAUGACGCCCACUCCACACCCUCGGUAGGAACCCCGGGACCGUCCAGUGGGGGACACGUCUCUCAGAGCGGAGACAACACCAGUGAACUCGGAGAUGGUCUCGACAACAGCCUAGCAUCACCGGGCACGGGAGAUGAAGAUGACCAGGACAAGAAGAGGCAGAAGAAAAGAGGCAUCUUCCCGAAAGUGGCUACAAAUAUAAUGAGAGCGUGGCUGUUCCAGCACCUUACGCAUCCAUAUCCCUCAGAGGAACAGAAGAAACAGUUAGCGCAAGACACGGGCCUCACCAUUCUCCAAGUGAACAACUGGUUCAUCAAUGCACGGAGAAGAAUAGUUCAGCCGAUGAUCGACCAAUCCAACAGAGCAGUGAGUCAGGGUACAGCUUACAGUCCAGACGGCCAACCAAUGGGAGGCUUUGUCCUUGAUGGACAGCAGCACAUGGGCCUUCGACCCGGAGGUCCGAUGGGGGGUAUGGGUAUGAACAUGGGCAUGGAUGGGCAAUGGCACUACAUGUAAGCCCACAUUGCUGAGGCCAGCCUCGACAACAGGGCAGAGCCUCCAUGGUUGGCUCAGGGAUCUUCAUUCAGCUUGUGGAGCUUGAAGCCGCCGGUGCAUAUCCACGUGACCCCCCCCCCCCCCCCCCACGCGCCUCACCUCAACUUUGACGCUCCGUCGCUUUGCACGCGCACGUGUGUCGAGGAUCACGUGUUGGGGCUGGGGGGGGGGGCGGGGGGUCUACCAGUUGUCGACUACUACUUUUAUUUUCAGUUUUCAAAAGAGACUUUAGGAUGAACUCUAAGCGCGGGAAGAGCUGGGGAUGUGGGUGGCUGCUAUUAAAAAAAAAGACAUUUUGAAGAAAAGCGGUCUUUUGCCCACCCACCCCCACUCCCCAGUUUCGUGUUAAAUUAUUUAUUUAUUUUUAUACCACGCUGGACCACAGGGAUGACACCGCCGACCCCCUCCCCACCCAUAUAUUAACCAAAUCUGUGAAGCUUUAUUCCCAUAUCGGCAUCUCCUGUCUAAACAACGAUGUACAUACACAGCGCACGGGCGCGCGCACGCACGCAAACACAGUGGAAUAUAUUUGAAACAUAUGUAUAGUCAUUUUAACUGUUGUGCUGUACAUUUUUUUGUGCUUCUUCGUUGCUUUCUUUUAAUUGUUUUUGUUUUAACAGUUUGAUUCUUGUGACGUCACCACACAGCGACGACCUUGAGUGAUUUUAUUCCACACUCAUGUUGUUGUUUUUUUUUUUGUUGCAUUUUGUUUUCAUGAUCCUUGUGUACAACUGAAUGGAAUUUAUAAAGAGUUCGUUCUUUUUUGGGGGGGGGGGGGGGGGCGGGGAGGGGAUAAUGUUUGAAUGAUUUUUCUAUAUCACCAAAACACAGAAGAAGCCUUCACACUCGAACCAAAUCGAGACAGAAUAAAGAAAGAAGGUACAAAGCACAUGUGUUGGUGUGAAAGAAGGCCUUUGGGAAGUGAGAAAAAAAAUUCAGAGGUCGCGUGUGGGCGGUGGAAGAAAAAAAAAGCAACAAAAUUAGUUGUUGGAGCAGGUCACGUAUCCAGCUUCGGUUCGAUAGGAGACGGAAUUGCAGUUGUCUGCUGUUAUUGGAUUGAUAGUGACAGCGAUGAUGGAUGGGCCGGCUCCCAAAUUCUGAAAAAAAUAAGAGAAGCUGCAGCUGGUUUUCACGACACGUCUUUGUUUGUACCCUGCACGUGGGCGCGUGUGCGUGUUAGUUUGGGUCAACGUGUGUGGGAUUGGACGGCAUGGAGUGGUUGUGGGGGGUGGGGGGGAUAAAAUUAAAUGCCGAGAUUUGUGGUAGUUCUUUUACACGUUCAUCAUAAAACGGAAUAAAUCGUUUCGUUUUCAAUAACCUUUUUUUCUCUUUUUUUGUCCGCCUUUCCGUUGCUCGUCGGAUGGCCGCGGAAAACGGGAGGGAAUUAUAAAUAUAUAAAUGCACAAAAGUGCACAGGAGCUCAUUUAUCACUGUCGGACGUCAACGAUCCUCUGAGCCUUUUAUCGACGA